ACUAAUUGAAAUGUUGGCAAUUUCAAGAAACCAGAAGCUUCCACAACCGGGAGAGGAGAGCCAGAUCCUGGAACUGCUGAUUCAGAGAGAUGGAGAAUUUCAAGAGCUAAUGAAGUUGGCAGUUGAUCAGGGGAAAAUCCAUCAUGAAAUGCAGCUUUUAGAAAAAGUAGUAGAAAAGAGGGAUAAUGAUAUUCAGCAGCUGCAGAAACAACUAAAAGAAGCAGAGCAUAUACUGGCAACAGCUGUUUAUCAAGCAAAGGAAAAGCUGAAAUCAAUUGAAAAGGCAAGAAAAGGUGCCAUUUCCUCUGAAGAAAUUAUUAAAUAUGCCCACCGGAUCAGUGCUAGCAAUGCUGUUUGUGCCCCUCUGACAUGGGUGCCAGGGGACCCACGUAGGCCAUAUCCUACAGAUCUGGAAAUGAGGAGUGGUCUCUUGGGUCAGAUGAACAACCCAUCCACCAAUGGAGUUAAUGGACACUUACCAGGGGAUGCACUUGCAGCGGGCAGACUGCCAGACGUGCUCGCUCCUCAGUAUCCUUGGCAGUCAAGUGAUAUGUCAAUGAACAUGCUACCUCCUAAUCAUAGUAAUGACUUCAUGUUGGAGCCUCCAGGACACAAUAAAGAGAAUGAAGAUGAUGUAGAAGUUAUGUCAACAGACUCCUCAAGCAGCAGCAGUGACUCAGACUAGGUACAAGAGGGGCAGUAUCCUUAGUAGACCUUUCCUGUGGUGAAGGUAGGUUGGAUGCUGUUUGGCACACACUGCAAUACCCUUUUGUUUUGCUGGUGGCCCUGUGUAGGGAGAAGGUAACAGCUGGCUCAGAAAUAGGGUGACAUUUAAAACUUCAGAAUUUUUUUUUUUUUUUUUUUCAAUUAGGUGUUCAAGUAAAAUGACUGGGAGCUUUCUGCUGGAGGAGAGAUGUCAAAUUUCCAGUGAUUGUGUAAAUGUGUGAAUGUGUCCGUUUGCAAGAGGUGCGUGUAUAUAUAUAUAUAUUUACUAUACAUUAGAUGACAAAAAUUCCUGGGAAAAAAGGUGUAAGGGGAAUCUCCUUGUAUGUUUCUUAGUAACUUUACUCUUUUGAUGAUAGCCUUUUCUAUGGCACAGAAAUGAGACAUGAAAUUUGUAAUUUUAAUACCUUUUUUUGUUACUGCCUAAAUCCAUGUUCUUGAUCAUCUUGUGUGUGCCGAGAACAAAAAU